AUGGGCGAGCCGGCAAGCCUUCCCUACAUUCGGGUUCAGCUAUGUCUGAAGAAGAAAGACGAAGUGUCUGACGAGUUCUUCCAUGACUACUGGAAAGGCAAUCACGUCAAGCUCGCGCUAGAGAACGAGAAGUUCCGCGAGAAAGUCAUUCGAUACAAUCAGUUCCACACUUCUCCGCGUUUCAGGGGAGAGGCCAACAACUUCCAAAUUCCGGUACCAGAGUACGAUGGCAUUGCAGAAGUAUGGGUUAAAGAUAUUGAAACCUGGAAGGAGAUAGUGACAGACCCUGACUUUGUUGCUGCGAUUGCACCGGAUGAGGAUCAUUUCAUCAAGGCCCCGAUCCAUAUCAUGCUUGGGUACGAUAACACUGUAAUUGGAGAGGCUGUCAAGAACAAAUUGUGA